AUGGUCCUGAUGAAUGGCCUGCGACUCCUUUGUCAAGUGUUUCCUCACACCAAGCCGUGGCGAAGUAUCCAGAUUCCCAGGCCAGUGCAGAGACGGCCCUGCAGCCUCUACACCUGCACCUACAAAACCCGGAACCGAGCCUUGCAUCCGCUCUGGGAGAGCGUGGACCUGGUUCCUGCAGGCAAUCGUCAGUCACCAAUCAAUAUCCGGUGGAGGGAUAGUGUUUACGAUCCUUGCCUAAAACCUCUCACCAUCACUUACGAUCCAGCUACCUGCCUGCAUGUCUGGAAUAAUGGGUACUCUUUCCUCGUGGAGUUUGAAGAUUCUGCAGACAAAUCAGUGAUCAAAGGGGGACCCCUGGAUGACAACUACCGAUUGAAGCAGUUCCAUUUUCACUGGGGGGCCAUCGACACCUGGGGCUCCGAGCACACCGUGGACAGCAAAUGCUUCCCGGCGGAGCUGCACUUGGUGCAUUGGAAUGCAGUCAAAUUUGGAAGCUUUGAGGAUGCGGCACUGCAGGAAAAUGGUUUGGCCGUCAUAGGCAUCUUUUUAAAGCUAGGCAAACAUCAUAAAGAGCUGCAGAAACUGGUGGAUACAUUGCCGUCAAUUAAGCAUAAGGAUACCCUUGUGGAAUUUGAGUUGUUUGACCCUUCCUGCCUGAUGCCCACCUGCCCAGAUUACUGGACCUACUCAGGGUCUCUUACCACCCCGCCACUCUCUGAAUCUGUCAUCUGGAUCAUUAAGAAGCAACCAAUAGAGGUUGGUCAUGGUCAGAUAGAGCAGUUUCGGACCCUGCUUUUCACAUCAGAGGGGGAGAAAGAGAAAAGAAUGGUCGACAACUUCCGCCCCCUUCAGCCCCUAAUGAAUCGCACUGUCCGCUCGUCCUUCCAUCACGAUUACGUGCUGAAUAUACAGGCAAAACCCAAGCCGCAGAGCAGCCAAGCUACGCCCUAAGACAUUGCCAUCUAGGCAGUAUAUCAUCUAAGUACAUGUUGACUUUUCAACAUGGUUAACUAGACUAUUCUAA